AUACCAUAUGCCGUAACACAUCUAGAAUUUGACGAGAGAAAUGACUUCCCACCCUCCGCAGGGGCAGCUUUCUGGGAUCACCAACCUUUACUGUCAUAGAAAGAAAUGCAUAUUUAUAUAAACAGAAACGAACACCACCCACGAUAGUGUAGGCCGGUAUGAGUCAAAAAGCGAGGUGCCGAGCAUGAAUCUGAUACUAUUUUUCGCCUUGGUUCUGUCCUUGCCGGCGGGGCAUUGCCUUGGUGAACAUGAUAGUAAAGCAGAUGCCAAAUGGCGGUUGACAGGCGCAGCUCUCAACCCGCUACACCGGAACAGCCGAGACGGAGCUGGGCCGCCAGCAGCAGCAUUGGCGCAGCCAUUGCCAUCAUGGCAUUGGCGCAGCGUAGCUGAAAGCAGCAGCAAUAGCUCGGAUAGCAGCGGCGUGGUCCCGGUUUGUGACGCAAUUUGCCGAGCGAGUCAGCGGCAGGCCCUCAGUCAGCUUUAUGCGGCAUGGAACGGUCCCUUUUGGGAGCGGCAAAGCAACUGGCUAAAGGACGACGUCUCAGUGUGCAGUUGGGAGGGCGUUUUGUGCUGCAUGCCGGCCGAUUUGGAUGAGGAUUACGCAGGCAGCAGCACUACAACCCCUCCGCCGAGCGCUGCGAGCGUCUUCGAGGGAGUAGGCCUAAGGUGUACGGACGAGGAGGGAGUUGUUGGGCUCAGUCUGGCUGCCAAUAACAUAUCAGGAGACCUUGAGGCGGUGCCAUGGACAGCCCUAAACUCCAGCCUGAAGGUUUUGGAUCUGGAUUCCAACGGGCUGUACGGCAGUGCCGCCUGCCUGACCGCCCUCCCCCUCCUGGAGUACCUAAGCGUCGCAGCCAACCAGCUCUCAGCCGGCAUCGAGGUCUUCGCAGCAGCAGCAGUCCUGGUGGCGACACCAGCAGCAGCAGCUUUCCCACCACCUCCAACACUGUCACCUCCUCCAACUCCAACUUCAACUCUACUCCCACCGCCGCUGCUAUCCUCAGCUCCCGCCCCCACCCCUCCUGGCAGCACCCCUACCACCACCACCACCGCCGCUACUUCUGCCAGUACUUCAAUCCCACCACCUCCCGACCUUUCAAACUACACCACCACCACCGCCGCAACACCAUCCUCCUCCUCCUUCCCGUUCCCCAACCUAGCCGCGCUCCUCCUGUCCAACAACCGCCUCUCCGGUCCUCUGCCCGCCCGCCUCUUCCAGCACCCAACGCUUCAGUACCUAGACCUCUCAGCCAACCUCCUGUCCUCAUCCCUACCUUCCACCCUCUUCACCGGCCCCAGCAAGCUACGUAGCGUACGGCUGUCGUAUAACCAACUGUACGGACAGCUCCCGGAUCUGCCUCAGGGGGCAGGGGUGGCGGAGGACUUGUCGUACCUUGACCUUUCCUGGAACCGCCUGUCCGGCUCGCUUCCCCGGUAUCUAGCUGCACAUGCUCGUCUGGCUUACCUGGAUGCCUCGCAUAACCAGCUGACGGGUCCUGUGGCUCCGUUGCUGCGUGCCUCGCUGUCCCUGUCGUACUUGGCGUUGAGGAAUAACAGUCUGGGGGGCAGCUUGCCUGGGGACAUGCGCGCUGGGAGCCAGCUGCAGUACUUGGAUCUGUCGUACAACCGGCUGAGCGGCGCCCUCCCCGCCUCCUUUGGCGUGCACACGCGCACGCUGCUGCUGCGGGACAAUGCGGGGCUGAGCGGGCAGCUGCCGGGGGGUCUGGUCACGCUGAGUGCGCUGGACAUCCGCGGCACCCGCAUGCAGGCCGCCACUCCAGGGGCGGCGGGACUACCCGAAUACCUCACCCUGUCCAACGGGACUGUCACACAGAGCAGCGGCCCCGGCGGCCCCACCUGCCCCGUCCCCAUGCUCCAGGGCUCCCUCCCAGCUGCCGUACCGCCGUACUACUGGCAGUACGACGGAUGCUGGUGUACGGAGGGCUACAGCGCCAACUACACACGUGUUCCCGCAGACUACUCCACAACCGCCAGGAACCCACCCCCCUCGCCUGCCUCAGCUUUAUCCACCUCGGUUACCAAUGCCAGCACCAGCGGCGGCGGAGAGGUUACAUUCGUAGUGGUGGGCAUGGCCUGCGUGGCGGAGACGGCGGUCGCAGCCACGGGCCGACCCAAGGGUCACUUCCCUUGGUGGGCGAUUCUGGCCGCCGUACUGUCCACUGUGGCGCUGGCUGUGGGGUCGGGGCUGCUGCUGUGGCGGCUGGGGCCCUCCGUGGCGAGGUACCGAGCCGCCAUGGCCAAGCGCAUGCCACCCGGUGCCGCCCGACGCAACCGGGGAUGCAUGGUGACGCUGGUGCUGACAGACGUGGAGGGCAGCACCGAGCUGUGGGAGUGGGACACGGACCUGAUGGCUGCGGCCAUCGAGCUGCACGACCGCACGCUGCGGUCGCAAAUGUCCAAGUGGCACGGCUAUGAGGUGCAGACGGAGGGUGACGCCUUCCUGGUCGCCUUCCAUGAGCCCAGUGACGCAGCUGGCUGGUGCAUCACCUCCCAGCUGGCCCUGCUGAACGCCGAUUGGGACGCCGAGCUCUUCCGUCACCCCAAGGCCAGCGUCGAGACGAUCGACUCGCUGCAGGCUCCCCUGCCGCCUAUAGCCGCCGGAGCCCUGCACCCAGCUCACGCCUACGCAGCCUAUGCGCAGCAGCAGGUCCACGCACGCGGCUCGGUAGAUUCCACCGCCGCGGCCCAGCACCAGGCCCAGUAUCAGGCUCCCUCUCUCGCACAUCCAAGCCUGGCGAUACAGACGCAUAAUGGGUACAUGAGCACCGGGACGGGGACGCUGACGGGAGUCGGGACAGGGGCGGGAGCAGCGAGCGGAGGAGGAGUGGUGGGUGGGGCUGCAGGAGCAGGAAAUUGGCUGAAGCAACAGCUGCUGCCGCAGCAGCAGCAGGCUCUGAACCGGCAGCCGCCGAAUGCGCUUGGGCUGGUGCCUAGGGUGCACUCUCAGUUGAAUCCCCUGCCGCAGCAUCGACAGGACCAACAGCAGCAGCAUAGGAAGCUUCAUAGGCACUGCACGCACCAUGCCUUCCAACACCAUCACCACAACCACCACCAACAGCAGCUGCACAUGCAGAUGCAGCAGAACAACUCCGUCAACCCUCAGCAGCAGCAGCAACAACAACAACCGCAACUGCUGCAGCAACUACUGCAGCAGCCCGCGAAUCACCAGCCGCCUUCUUCUUCCAUACCUGAAUCCUCCUCCAUCGUCCCAAGGACCAGCGCAACGGGAACCCUCGCAGUGGGGAUCGUGCUGGGCCCUCAAAACGACACCAACGGCGGUAACAGCAGCAGCAGAAGGAUUAGUAAUGCUGGCAGUAGCACUAGCAGUAGCAGCAGCAACAGUGGCGGCAGUAGCUGUAGCCAUCGAAGCUGCAGUGGCAGCGGGAGUGUACGGGAUACCCGGCUAACACCCUCCUGGUUUAACACCGGAGGAGAUGAAGCGGCGGUGGUAGCGGUGGGGCCCGACGGGGAGGCGCAGCCUGGCAGGAUUGGCAGUGGAGGUCGGACUGAGGGGGUAAUGAGGGGGGAGAGUGGAGCCGUGGGCGGGUUUGGGUUUGCGGCGCUGCGAGGCGGCAGCUCAUUUGGAGAGGGCAUGACGGCUUUUGGUCGAGUGCUGAUGCCCUCUGCAGACAACAAGAGGGGGCAACACCUGUACGAAAGCCCCAGCUACCGUGCAGCCACCUCCGAGCCCGCCCCAAACCCCUCCGACUGGACCCGCUACACCCGAGUCGGAGUGCUCUAUCGCGGACUGCGGGUGCGCAUGGGGGUGGCAACCGGCGUCACGGACGAGUCGCCUCGCUCCCAUGCGGUGACGCAGCGACUGGAGUACACGGGGGAGGUGCGGCGGCGGCUGCAGGCGGUUGCAGACCUGCCGCAGGGGGGGCAGAUCCUGCUGGACACCUCCACCUUCAACGCCAUCCACAGCAACCUGGCGGACCUAGGCUCACGCGUGCUGCACCUCCUAUCCAACCCUGCCGGUGGUGCAGCAGGCGGCGGCGGGGCCGCCUCUCGCCGCUCCCGCAGUCUCCACUUGCAACACCACAACGCCGACAAGGCCGCCGCUGCACCCGGGCUGGCGGCAUGGGGCCUCGUGGGACGCCGGGGAUCUACUACGGAUGCUUUUGCAACCGUACGGCAGCCGCUAGCGGAUCUGGCGAAUGCGCCGGAGCCGCCGGAGGUGGUCCCGGUUGACCCGGCGGCGUCGGUGUUUUACAGCGUUGACGCUGCCGCCGGCGCCGGCGCCAAUGGUUCGGGGAUGGGAAUGGAUGCGGGCGGCUCCUGCCCCGGUCCUGGUCAGCCGGGUUGCAUGUCGCCUGUGGGGCGACCCAUGGGUCGUGUUAGUCAGCUGCUGCUCACAGGUCUAGGCCUGAUGCACUUGGCGGGAGGCAGCACGGCCGCAGCAGCAGCAAGCAGCGGAGGCGGCGCCGCACCAGGUCAUGCUCCCACAGGCCGACCUGCUUGGGGUGCUACGGGCAGCGGUCGCAGUAGCAAGCUGCUUAGCGGACUAGGGGCGUUUGGCUCCGCAUCGUACCCCUCCCGCAUGAGUGUCAGUUUGGAGAUACCCGGGUUGGGAGCCUCCUCACCGGUUCCCAGGCAACCCAGUGGUUUCAUGACAAGGCCUACGGGCAUGGGUGCGGUGGCAGGUGGGGGUACUUCGGGCCCGAUCGCGAGUGCGGGUACGGGUACGGGUACGGGCGCGCCUACUGCUGCUCCUGCAAGACUGAUAAGGGCCCAGAGCACGCUCAUGGUGGCAGCGCGGGUACCCAGCAAUACGGCUGUAGCAGCGGUUUCAGCGCGACAACAGCUACUGCAGCUGCAACAGCAACAGCAGCAACGAUACCAACAGUUCUUACUGCAACAACAGCAGCAGUCACAGUCACAGCCGCAGCCGCAGCUGUUCCAGCAGCAACAACAACAGCAGCAGUUGAGUAGCAGUCUGCAAUCUCCGCAUGCACUCUCCAGCAUGCAGAAUAGCCCGCAAAACAAGCAACCAAAUCAGCACUCCCAACAGCAGCUGCAACUUCAGCUGCUGUCACAGCAGCAGCAACAACAGCAGCAACAGCAGCAGCAGCAGCCACAACUCAUGCCGCGCCAAAGGGCUAUGAGCAGUGCGCUUGCUGCAACGGAAAGCCAGGGCCUCAUGUUUGCUUUUGCCUCCACCUCUUCCCCCGUUGUCGUCAAUGCUGAUGUCGGAGGCGGAAUGAGUGGCACGGAGACUGGGGACGGCGGCGUCAGCGGCAUUGGUGGUGCUGCCGUCAUCGACGUAAACGCUAGCGGAACCGCGAAUCAGGCCCCCUUUAUGAAUGGCGACGGCGGCGGCGUCAGUUUUGGGUUACGAUACGGCGGCGAAAGCGGUGUUGUUGGCGGCGCCGGACAGUCGUUCUCGGAGCACGACGUAACGCUUCCAUUGGGCUUCCUUCGGGCGGCGAAUCAGAGUCGCAUGCGAGAACAGGUGUCUGAGCCGCACCGCAGCUUCUCCUCGCCUACCGGCCCCUCCCGCGCGCCCACCUACCUCCAGCUCCACCUAGCUCACGCCACCCAGCGACGCGGCUCCGUUUCCCUCCCCAUUCCCUCCCUCGCGGUGGGGGUGCUAGCCAUGGGUGUGUUUGAACUCCAUGCGGGCUCAAGUGUCGAGUAUGUAGGCCUUACACAGGUUCUUGUGCCUGGGUUGGAAGAGAGGGCACGUCUAGCGCCGCCCAUGGAUGACAGGGCACAGCAGCAGCUAACGCCUGGGUACUUGGACGCGCCGGCGGCGGCAAUGGCACCGCUAGGGUCGCUGGUUCGGUGUGUAGCGGACCAGUAUGGUACGGCAGCAGCGGCGGGGGCGGCGGCGGUGGGGCAGCGGGGAGGUGGAGGUGGAGGCGGCGGGGCGGGGCUGGGGCCACUAACAAUGAUGCGGGCGCCGGCGCCUCCGCUGCCACCGGUGGUGAUGGUCUUCUGCGACCUGGAGAAGUACCAGGAGAUGGUUGCAGUGUCCCGCGACCUGUCAUUCGACGUUCUGGCCGUCUACAACGACUGCGUUCGACGCAGCCUGCUGGCUUGCGGGGGCUACGAGUGUCAGGAGCAGGAGGGACACUUCAUGGUUGCAUUCGCGGCGCCCGCAGAGGCGCUGGAGUGGUGCCUCAUGUUGCAGGAGCUUGUCAUGGAGAUCGCCUGGACGCCCCCCAUGCUGUGUCUACCGGGCAUGCAAGAGCAGCUGCACCCGCUGACGGGCGCUGUGUUGUUCCGCGGCCCACGGGUCAAGGCGGGACUGUACGCGGGCGUGCCCACGCGGGUGGGGCCGCACCCAACCACUGGGAGAGCUGACUACUACGGCCCCCUGGUCAACCGCGCAGCCCGCUUCUGCCAUGCGGCAGCUCAAGGCGGACAGGUGAUCUUGUCACGCACCCUGCUGGAAGAGGUCCUCAUGCACCACCUGCGUCUCGCACCCUUCGGCGACGAGCCCACCCCAGCUUCUCGCACCUCCGCCUCGGCGCCUGCAGCAGCAGCAACAGCAGCAGCAGCAGCAACAGCAGCAGCCCCGCUGGACGCCCCCGGAAGGGGCGGAUCCUCCUCCCAGCAGGCUCCUACCUCGGGCGGCGCUACCACCAGCGGAGGACAUGGCCUUGCACCCACCUCCUCCGCUCCCACAAUGGGGCUGGGAUUGGGGCUGCUGGCGGCGUUGGGCUCGGGACGGAUAUCGGAUGUGGCCGGGGCGGCGGCAGCGGCGGCGGCGCCGCCGCCGGCUGAGCUGUCAUUGCCAAUGCGGUUGGUCGCGUUGGUCGACAAUAGCGGGGUUGCGCCGCCAAGGUGGCGGAUGCCGCAGGAUGCAGCGGCGGCGGCGGGGGGUGCAGCUGGCGGCGGCGGCGGCGGCGGCUCCUCCGUCAUACGUUCAGACUUUGACGGCGGCGGCGGCGGCGAGAUUGUCGUACUGGUCGACCGUUCUAACCGCAACGCCAACGAACAUUGGAGGGGACCUGGAUCCGUGGUCCUUAGACAUCGUUCAAUCCUGCGGCCGCAGUCGCGCCAUGCCUCCGCCACUGGAUACGCUGCCGCCGGGGGUGGCGGCAACGCCGGCAGCGGCGCUGGCGCUGGCGGGGGAGGGUUCGGCAGCGGUGUUACCGUUGCCUCGCCUCGGCUGAGCACACUUGGUAGGGCAUCCGCAGGCGCAGGCAUCGGCGGAGGUGGGGGUAACAGCGGCGGCGGCGGCGCUGCCGUGGCGGCAGCCGGCGAUGAACCCUCCGUCAGACCUAACAGGUCCGUUCGACGGGGGCACAUGCAAAGAAGCCGCCGCGUAGUUCCGAGGCCGGCGUCUCUUGGUACGACAGUCAACGAUCGUACGGCCUCCACUGGCGGCGCCACCGCCGCCACCGCCGCCAUCCUUGCCACCAUCGCAGCGGCCCGUGGGUCAGCAGGCGGGGGCAGCGGCAUUGGCCUGGGCAGCGCGGGCCCAGCCUCACCCUCCCUGGUCAUACGGCCAGCGCCGGCGAUUGCACGGGUGCUGAGCGUGGGGCGGUUCGAGAUGUCGCCAACGGAUAGCGGCGUGGCUUCCGACAUUUCGUCGCCUCCGUCACCGCUGCCUUCGGAAGCGUCGGGCUCCUCAUGCGAGGACGGCGGUCGCAUGCGUUUGAAAACUCGCACGACGACCUCGAUGGCUUACGUGGGGGCGUCAGGAACGGCAGCGGCAGCCUCGGUGGCAUUGUCGGGCGCCUUCGCUUCCUCAACCGGAUUUGCCAUGCCGGCGGCGGCGGCGGCGCCAGCGUCAGUGGUGCUAGCAUCGACGCAUGCGCUUAGCAGCGGCGGCGUUAGCAGCGGUAGCGACAUUACGGUUGAGGAAGUCAAACCAGCUGAUGUCGUACUGUACGACAUCGCUCCAGCCAGUGUGCCGUACCGCAUGCGAGUAAAGCUGGAGGAGGCAUUAAGGGGUGCUCGUGACGCCGCCGCCGCCGCUGCAGCUCAAGGCGGCAGCUGCGUGACUGGAGCUGACCGGCACAACGAACGGUCGUCUUGCAUGCAGCACCGGUUCCCUCCCAGACGGCUGAACACAAGUGCCGCUAACAUUGGACAAGCAGCUGUUGCAGGCGUCGGCGGCGGCGUCGGAGUUAGCGGCCCUCGGCCCCCACUCGGUUUGAGGUCUCAGCUCCCCUUGUUGCCCUCGGGGGGCCCGCGUGGCAACAUCCGCCGUACCUCAACCGUACUGUACGACUCCAUCCCACACGCGCUACCCACCCUGCCUGACGCAUGCAUCCGCCGCCGUACGGGUGCCAACCGCUGGCUGUGGGCUCAGGAGCUGCUGGUUGAAGACCUUGGGGUGUUCAGGUUCAAGGGGGUCGCUGGAACCCACCAGCUGGUUUGUGUCAGCACGGCUGCUACCGCUGAGCGCAGGGCAGGGCCGCGGCUGCACACCGCCAAAGGAGAACGAGUGGAACCCGGCAGGGGCCCGCUGUACAGGGUUGCACUCCAGGCGGCGGGCUCACAUCCCAUGCAGGAGCCGCAAGACGGUCAUUCAGGCCCGGAUCCCCUACAUGGUUCCCAGCAGACGCCUCCUGCCGGCGCAGACCCCCCGAACCAGGAGCAGAAGGCUCAGCAGAGGGCGGCGGCGGAUGCAGGGGCGCACGCACGCGACGACAUCACUCCAGCUUGAAGCACGUGUACGUUCAGUUAAGGCAACGGCGACGGUGGGCACGGUCGGUUAGAGCCGCUGCUUGUUGUGCAUUGAGUGACGACAGGAGCUCAAGGAGUGAGGACGGGCGUUGGUGGAAAUGCGAGCCGCAGUUUGUGCGGAAGAGAGUCAAGGAGUGGUCGGUGUGCUUUCUGCCCGUGGUUGGAAAACAUGUGUGAGGCGUGAGGUUGUUUGGUUAAUGGUCAGAUUUGUCGUUCUUUGUUUGUCGUUCUUUGGUUGACGGUAUUCGAGGAAUGGUAUUGGUAGUUCUCUGUUGUGCGCAGCGGCUGCAAAUGAUUUGUUGCUGUUAUUGUGGGAGGGCUAGAUGUACGCCUUAAAUAUUGACAAGGAGCAGUCGGAUGCGGUGGGCCCAGUGAUCCUAAUCAGGAUACAUGAUAUUGCUUGAAUUGGCACGUGUGCAUUUAUACUCGGUCUAGGCUUUCUUCAUAGCUACCUCCAAUUGAACUCCCAUUACUCAGCUGUAUCGCCAUGCACGUUGGGGAUAUCCUGCAAUUGCUGUUGCAGGGCAUUGGAGGGUAGUGUUCGUUCGUUCGCUGAGGACAGUAGUAGCACUUGUUACUAGCAUGCCCUCUACUGGAAGCAACUUUCAUGCGCCAUUGGGUACGCGGGAACUAAAUGCUUUGCUGCUGAUACACGACACAGCACUCUCCGAUGAGGCUGGUCGCGCCGCGGUUGUGACUGAGAACGUGGACGAAGGUGUCUAGGUACCAGUGUUUGGUACGGUCUGCAAAAUUGCCUUGAGCGGCUGCCAGGUUUCGUGGCGUGUGGUUCAGAUGGGCCAUGGUUGGAUCGCGCGAAUUUAAGUUUAUAUACAUACAUAAAUCAGCACAGCUGUGCCCAUUUCGCUGCGCUGGUUUUAUCCUGUUAUAUACUGAUUCCACAUGCCUUGGGCUAGGAGGGUUUAGUUUUUUCAAGUACGCUGGUACUGACCGUACAUACGUUUAGCUUACGUGAACCGCAGGAUACCCUUACAUGUUCUUGUUUCUUGCGGUUUACCUGUGGUCUAUCUGGUAGCCUGAACCUUGGAAACAGGCAUUGAUGGCCUCACGGUUUACUUCUUUACUAACAGAUGCGCUCCUGUCAACGCAGAUUGCUAGGUACGGUGUGCUAAGACGCGAAAACGCGAGGAGUAUUGACGGUGUGUUGACGCGUCCGUGUGGUGGGGCUCCUCUGUAUCCACCUCAACUCUUCCUUUGUACGUACUACUACCCUAUAGAGGCCUCCUCCGCCAGUGAAACUGCCAUCAACAAUUCCUCCUCCGUGUAGCGCUGCAGAGGGCUGCCUCUGGUCUUGUGCAUGUUUAUGUGCUGGACAAAGAAAACAAACCUGGUCGGGGACUCUGGAGCAUGCCUGCUCAUGCACAACUACAUUGAUGUUAGGGAUGGGUCAUGCAGGUAACAGCCG